CAGUACUUUUAAAGAUAAUAAUAUCUACAAAACCUAAUACGCAUGUCCCCUAAUCUCCAACGUUCUUCAUUGUUCGGCGUACUCAUUCAAUAAAAUGAUUAGGUAUGCAGCUACGACCUAAACAUUUGUCUUUCUGCUUGUAACCAUUAGUGGAAUAUCGACCACUUUCAGGCAUAUUUAUUCCGGCCUAACAUGGGAAUUACUUCAGUCAACUUUCCGCGUUUUCUACAACCAGAUCCCACUAUUCAAGCACAACCAACAUGCCGUCUAAGCCCGUAAAUCCCAACGAAUUUCUGCUUAUACCGAAGUGGAUAAACGAGGACUACUUUGUACCUAUUCUCGAAAAGGAUAUGGGCAACUUUGAAAAAAUUGUUAGCUUUCUGCCGAUUGCAGCCACGGCUCCUGGAGAGAAUUAUACCUCCAUUAUGGUCCGAGUUGUGAUUGUAUACCUCUCGAAAGAUGGUUCAAAGGAAGAUGUAUCUUAUAUACUGAAGACCGGACUCGACGUCAAUAAAGGUGGUGCCAUGGUCGAACAAAUUGGAAUGUUCCCCAGGGAAAAGGAGAUGUACCAGCACCACAUCCCGCUGUUCGGGAAGCUCUACAAGGAGGCAGGAAUCGAGGUAGAAUUGGCCCCAAAAUGUGUCCACAUUGAAGAAACCCCCGAAAGGAUUACAAUGGUUUUCGAGGACCUGAAGAGGAAGAACUUCCGCAACAUUGACCGGCUGAAGGGACUCGAUUUGCCACACAUGCGAUGCGUCCUACGGAAACUGGCAGAACUCCACGCUGCAUCGGCGGUUUACCGCGAAAUUAAUGGGCCCUACGAUACCAAAUAUAGCAAAAACAUGUUCAGUGAGGAAAACAGGGAACUAUUGACAAAAGUAAGGGAAUUCCGAGAACCGCAGUAUCAGAAGGCAAUGCUGGAAUGGGGCAUCCCCGAUAUUGAGAGAUACAUAAAGAAGUCUCCUUCAGCCACAAAAUUUAUCGAGGAGACACUAAGGCUAAAUAAAGCCGAUGAGAAAUCCUUCAACGUUCUCAACCAUGGCGAUUCCUGGUGCAACAAUAUUAUGUUCAAAUACAAGGAGAACGGCGAGGUCGACAGCACCCUCUUUGUGGACUUGCAGCUCUGUAAGUGGGGCAGUCCUGCUCAGGACCUGUGGUACGUUAUUGUGUCCUCGGCUUCGCUGGACAUCAAGGUCAAGGAGUUCGACCAUUUCAUUAAAAUCUACCAUGAACGACUAUCGGAGUGCCUAAACCUACUUAAUUAUUCCAAACCUGUGCCCACUCUGAGGGAUGUGCAUGUGAUGAUGAUCAAAGGUGGCACCUGGGGAUACGUCACUGCCAACGGGGUGAUGGUGGCCGUGCUGAUGCCCUCCGACAAGGACUCUAACAUGGACAAGAUGUUGUCUCCUGGACCCGAAUCCGAUGCCUUCAGGCACAAAACCUUUACGAACCCCCUCUAUGUCAAGGCAAUGAAACAACUACUUCCCUUCUUCGAUCAGAGGGGCGUACUUGAUUUCGACUAGUCUGGGACUCACAUUAAUGUGCAGUAUAAAGUUCCUAUGUAUUUAAAUAUAUUUUUUUUAGUAAUUUGCAAGAAUUAUUAGUUUAAAAACAGUCAUCAUGAAAUGAUAAAAUCGUGACGACCAUGUCUUAUACUGAAUACAUUCCGAUAGCAGCAGUGUGUGGAGUCUUAUUGACCGGCUAUUUAAACGCGUCGACCAAAAGAUAAGGCACCGAUUAUACGGAUCUAUUGUUUCUGGUCGCACUUUUAUUUGGUAGUCGUGUGGGUUCAAACAAAACCUGUUUUUAUUAUCAAGUCGGAACGCUCUGUUAGGGUAAAUAUAAAGUGCCCGCCAAA